GUUCUCGUCCCUGUCUUGUCGCUGCAUUUUGCCUGUCUGUGUUGCUCUCUCACUGUCAACCUUUUCCUUAGCACAUGUACAUUCACUAAACAUCUCAAUCACUCUCGUUUGACCAUCUCUGACAAGCAGUCGAUCAAUCCGUACAUCUUUGUCUUUCGCUCGACCCGCCAAAGCAAUCUGUGGCGCAGUUUCUUCGGCAACCAGGCCGCUGUUUCACCCACAACUGCAACGACCAACUUCAAGGUGACGAGCAAUCUCACCUGAUCAAUCGUGUCUGUUGAAGUCAUUCGAAACAAGAUAGACGAUAUACACUGGCACCCUCCACCGCACACUUGAGACUCCAGCCUAUAGACACAGCGCGGGCGCUGGUCUCCAAUCGAGAUACAUUCCUUCGUUCAGACAAACAACGCUGCGAGGUUACCUAUGAGGGAGAGCAACUAGAUCUCAGCACAUAACUCAACAUGUCCGAACCACCGCGUAGGCCACGGCCAGCCACCUCACCUACUCGCGAAAAGUCCCAUUCUCCCUACAGAGAUUCUCCCUCUCGACGAUUGCGCGAUCUUGAGACUGGAGCAAAUGUCCAACGCAAUUCUCCCUACUCCGCCCAGCGCAUUGGAAACGAUCCCUAUCCUCCCUCGCCCAGCUCCCGAACUGCAGACUGGGAGCCGAUUAUGUCCAAUCCUAUGAACCAGAGUGACCUCGGUCGCAAGAAAUCUCUGAUCCGUCCCGAACGUAGUCGAAUAGACCGAGAUCAUCCCAACUACUACUAUCGCAAACAUGCGCAGAAUAUGGAGGUCUUCCCUUCCACCACUGGGAAUGAUCCUGUGGUGGAAGAGUUGGCGGAAGAGAGGACCGUGAGCUCUGAAAGCACCAAUCUCAACAUGCAAACCGACGAGAAUUUUGGCGCCCAACCCACUGCUCGCCUGCCUGGAAAACUUGAGCCCGUUGGCAAAAAGAGACAACCUCGAAAGUUGGUGAGAAAGGACACUCGUGACCUGACGGCCGAAGAGAAGAAGCGGUUGAAAGAAAUGGAAAAGCUCAAACCGCCCAGUGCAUGGAAUGUGUAUUGUUCCGUGAUCACUUUCUGGGCUCCCAACUUUAUGCUACAUUGCUGCGGUAUGCCAGGGAGAGCCCAGAAAAGAGCCUGGAGAGAGAAAGUCGGCCUAAUCAGUAUCAUCUUUCUCAUUGCCGGCUUUGUCGGUUUUCUGACUUUUGGCUUUACACGGGCGGUCUGCCCGGCUCCGGGACUGAGGUUGAAAAUCAACCAUGUCGAUCGUGGCUACAUGAUAUUCCACGGAGACGCCUACAAUCUGGAUGGUUCCAUGCACCCGGCAGCUUUAGGAGUUCCCCUCGACAGCAACGUCCUCUACGAUCUCCCCCACAAAUACGGUGGUCAAGACGGAAGUUUCAUGUUUCAGAAAGUCAAUGGAGACUGCAAAGGUCUGAUCACCCUUGCACCUGGCUCCGACGUGCCAACAGACGCUGAUGGAGAUCUUGCUUGGUAUUUUCCCUGCAACGCCUUCAAUCAGGACGGCUCGUCGCAACCGAACCUCACCAACCCUUACUAUCUGGGCUACGCUUGCCAUACUACCGCCAAGUCUAGAAGUACAUUCUACAACUUGAGAAAAGCGGGAGAAGUCUUCUUCACUUGGGACGACGUCAAAAAUACCAGCCGAAAUUUGGUGGUGUAUUCUGGUUCCGUCGUCGAUCUGGACUUGUUGAGGUGGUUCAACAAGAGUCAAGUCGCCUGGCCAAAACAGUUUGAUGAUAUGCGGGAAAGUGACGAGAUUCGUGGAACAGACAUCACCCAUGUGCUGCAAUCUUCUGCAGAUAAAAAGGUCGGCAAGUGUUUGACCCAGAUUGCAAAAGUGGGUUCGGUUGAUACCGAGACCGUUGGUUGUAUUGCGUCAAAGGUCGUCCUUUACGUCUCGCUGGUGUUUAUUCUCGCCGUUGUCUUGGUGAAAUUUUUCCUCGCCCUGGCCUUUCAAUGGUUCUUGGCUGGGAAAUUUGCAGCGACCAAGACUUCGCAGACAUCCGAUCCAAAGAAAAGGGCCAAACAGAUCGAGGACUGGGCCGAUGAUAUCUACCGACCAGCUCCCAAGAUCACUGAUCCCGCCAGCACAGUCUCCGGCUCCGAUGCGCGAACCAGUAAGCGCGGAAGUCAGUUGUUCCCUCAAACGUCCCGAUUCACCAGCCCGUAUGCUGUUGAGCGUAUCUCCAAGACGAAUCGUCCCCCACCAACCACGAUGACAAGUCAGUCUUCAAAUGCGCGACUGAUUCAACCAGGAAGUGGGCUUUACAAAGGCGGAUUCAACAGUAGUCAAAACACUUUGGACGUCAAUUCUCGGAUGAGCGUUGGUGCUAGCAGAUCCAGCCUUCUUCUGUCGGGUCAGGAAGCCCGCUAUUCAGCUGUGAUGGACACGCUCGAACCAGGGGGCCCCGUGGGCUUCAUCCAUGAGAAUGUCGUUCCUCAGCCGCCUCCUGAGUGGCAGCCAUUCGGUUAUCCCCUCGCUCACGUCAUUUGCCUGGUUACUGCGUAUUCGGAAGAUGCAGAUGGUGUCCGAACGACUCUGGACUCUGUUGCCACGACUGACUACCCUAACAGCCACAAAGCAAUACUGGUGAUAUGUGAUGGCCUGAUCAAGGGCCAAGGCAACGACUUGACGACCCCUGAAAUUGUCCUCAGCAUGAUGGGCGAUUUUGUCGUUCUUCCCGAAGAUGUGCAAGCCUUUUCAUACGUCGCCGUAUCCAGCGGUUCAAAACGACACAAUAUGGCCAAGGUCUAUGCCGGGUUCUACGAUUAUGGCCCGAACUCGAAAAUCGAUCCGACCAAGCAGCAACGAGUGCCCAUGUUAGUCGUCGUCAAAUGUGGAACGCCUGAUGAAGCCGACAAGGCCAAGCCUGGUAAUCGAGGCAAGCGUGACAGUCAGAUCAUCUUGAUGUCCUUCCUCCAAAAGGUCAUGUUCGAUGAACGAAUGACGGAACUCGAAUAUGAGAUGUUCAAUGGUCUCUGGAAAGUCACUGGCAUGUCACCAGACUUCUAUGAAAUGGUGCUCAUGGUCGACGCCGAUACGAAAGUCUAUCCUGACAGUCUGACGCACAUGGUCUCUGCCAUGGUCAAGGAUCCCGAAAUCAUGGGCCUCUGUGGCGAAACCAAGAUCGCGAACAAGACCCAAUCGUGGGUCUCGCGGAUCCAAGUCUUUGAGUACUUCAUCUCGCAUCAUCUGUCCAAAUCCUUUGAAUCAGUCUUCGGAGGUGUCACCUGCUUACCCGGGUGUUUCUGCAUGUACCGGAUCAAAUCACCCAAGGGUGGGCAGAACUACUGGGUCCCGAUCCUUGCCAACCCCGACAUUGUGGAGCACUAUUCUGAAAACGUGGUUGACACACUGCACAAAAAGAACCUCCUCCUGCUCGGCGAAGACAGAUAUCUGUCGACACUCAUGCUCAAGACUUUCCCCAAGCGCAAACAAGUCUUCGUGCCUCAAGCGGUCUGCAAAACCACAGUGCCCGACAAAUUCAAAGUCCUUUUAUCUCAACGACGCCGUUGGAUCAACUCCACGGUCCACAACUUGAUGGAGCUCGUCCUUGUCCGCGACCUCUGUGGUACAUUUUGCUUCAGUAUGCAAUUUGUCGUCUUUAUCGAACUCAUCGGUACCCUUGUAUUACCAGCGGCCAUCGCAUUCACGUUCUAUUUGAUCAUCAUCUCUAUCGUGGCCAAACCUGUCCCCGUCAUUCCCCUCAUUCUUCUGGGUCUUAUUUUAGGUCUUCCCGCGGUGCUGAUUGUGAUGACGGCGCAUAGUUGGUCAUAUGUCGCAUGGAUGGGUAUUUACCUGCUCUCUCUUCCAAUCUGGAAUUUCGUCCUACCAGCGUACGCGUACUGGAAGUUCGACGAUUUUAGCUGGGGAGACACGAGAAAGACAGCAGGAGAGACCAAGAAAUCUGGCGGACAUGGGGAAGCCGAAGGCGAGUUUGAUAGUUCGAAGAUUCUGAUGAAGAGAUGGGGCGAUUUCGAGAGAGAGCGUCGAGCGCAAGCCAGUGGCACAGGAUGGGCACAACAUUCUCUUGCCCCCACGUCUGCAAAGGCGGCAACGGUCACAAGCGACUAUGCCUCGAGCCACGGAGGGUUUGAGCCGUAUCAUGACUAUUGACGACUCCCUCGAGCGCAGCCAUUCAACUUUCGGCCGCAAGUCGUUGAGAGCAGAGUGAGCUGCAGUGAUGUGUAACGAACCACCAUAAAUAAACCAAAACAAAAGGGCGAGGGACCUGCAUCUGGCUUUUUUUCGAACGGAUUCUGUUUUUCUGAGAGCAUUAGGGAGCAGACCAUGACUCGACAUGAUGGGGGAGAGGAUGUGCAAAAAUAGAGUUAAUAAUAGGACAGAGCGUUUCGUUAGGAGCAUCUCAUCUUGUGCGGAAAUGGGUGGCAUCGUCACAACAGCUUGCGGGGAUUCUUUAUGAGAAGGUUUCUGCCAUGAGACACUCUGGCCGGGGGCGGUAACUCUCGAGGAUUUGGCCCUUAUCUAUACUAGCAGUACUCCGUACAUUAACUACAACAGCAUCGUUCGUCUAUGAUCCUCCGAUCUUAAACUGGGGCAUUCUGCAGGCGAGGCUGCGAGGCUGAGAG